CUAUGGAAGCCCUAAACCUCAAUGCUUUAUAUUCGCCGUUCUGAGUUAGGGUUUCGUCCUCAGCCGUUUGCGUGCUUUUGUUAGUGAAGAGGGGGAGCUCGACGACGGAGUCGGUGACGGCCGAGAUCUAGAAGAACAAGAUGGCUAGAGGACUUAAGAAGCAUCUCAAGCGGCUAAAUGCCCCAAAGCACUGGAUGCUCAACAAACUUGGGGGUGCUUUUGCCCCCAAACCAUCAUCAGGUCCCCACAAGGCUAGGGAAUGUUUGCCACUGAUCCUUAUUCUGAGGAACAAGUUGAAGUAUGCCCUCACAUACCGUGAGGUAAUUGCCAUUCUAAUGCAAAGGCAUGUUAUGGUUGAUGGAAAGGUCAGGACAGACCAGAAGUAUCCAGCUGGUUUUAUGGAUGUUGUAUCAAUUCCUAAGACCAAUGAAAACUUCAGGCUGUUGUAUGAUACAAAGGGCCGCUUCCGUCUUCACUCUAUCAAGGAUGAGGAGGCAAAGUUUAAGCUAUGCAAGGUCCGCUCUGUUCAAUUCGGCCAAAAAGGCAUCCCAUACCUCAACACAUAUGAUGGACGAACCAUCCGCUACCCUGACCCCCUCAUCAGAGCCAACGACACCAUAAAACUUGACCUUGAAACCAACAAAAUUGUAGACUUCAUCAAGUUUGAUGUCGGCAAUGUAAUCAUGGUGACUGGUGGUAGGAACACUGGCCGAGUUGGAAUCAUCAAGAACAGGGAGAAGCAUAAGGGGACUUUUGAGACCAUCCAUGUGCAAGAUGCAACUGGCCAUGAGUUUGCCACUAGGCUUGGCAAUGUGUUCACCAUUGGCAAGGGGACUAAGCCUUGGGUGACUCUGCCGAAGGGCAAGGGUAUUAAGCUCAGUAUUAUUGAGGAGGCGAGGAAGCGUGCUGCUGCUGAAGCUAUGAAAGCUAGUGCUUGAUAAUUUUGUGGUAAUUUCGGUUAAUAUCAUCUACUUUAUGUUUGGUCUUUUAGGUGCAUGGGGUAAAACUUCUGUAGUUUUGUUUUGUUUGACAUUUUAUGACAGCCUUGUUAGCCUUACAUUAUUAAGGUUCCUGUUGAGUUUGUCUUUAGUAUCGACAAUAUUUUUAGAUCUGUACUUUUGAUCUUCACAAGGAUUUUGCCGUUGGAGCUGCACAACCCAGUGCGUGAUAAUUUGUGGCCAAUUUGGUU